AAUAGCUCCGCCAAUCACCCAUUUUCCCGCCCCGAGAGAAAACGAGCUGCAACGGCGUCGUUUCAAUUCAAUUUUGUUCAUCCCGAGCGCCAAACUGAAGAAAAAGGAUAAAGAAAUCAGAGAAGAGUUGAUAGUAGAAAGAAUCGGGUACAUCGUUCUUCAAGUUUUGAAUUUCAUUUCUCUCCUUCUUGUUUCAAUGUGGAAAUUGGAUCGGGUGCGAUUGGCCGAUUCAGAUGGAGAUGGUCGUGUUACUGGAAAUGAUGCUAUACAGUUCUUCUCCAUGUCUCAUCUUUCUCGCGUCGAGCUCAAACAGACUCCAAACGACAGGGAUAUUUAGGGUUCAACGAGUUCGUUACGGCCAUGCAGCUAAUUUCUUUAGCACAAGCAGGGUAUGACCUGGACUCAGAUAUCCUCAAGAACGCAGCUGGCAUGGAGGAAAUUAAACUUCCAGUGCCAGAAGGGUUGGACGCUUUAGCUGUUAAAACUAAGAGAUUAGCAAUAUCUAGUCAACCUGAGACAAAUGGAACUUUUCAACCUAUGCCCCCACCAUCGACUCCAUGGUUUGCUUCAAAAUCUGGGAGCAAGGUAUUAUGGGUUCUUUUUUCCAUUUUUGAGCAUUAACUAAAAAAAGUUCUCAAAAUUUUGAAUUCUAACAAAACUUUGCAUUAGCAAUGCACCUACAGAGUUGAGAUGCUAUAUAAUAUUAUUAUUAUAUGUAUGUAUAUAUUUUACUCAUAAGGAUUUUUGAAGUUCUUCGGAGACUUUGGGAUGUCAUAGCCAAACAAGAACUUCAAAAAUUCUUAUGAGUAAAAUAUAUAUAUAAAUACAUAUAAUAGCAAUAUUACAUAGCAUUUCAAUCUUUGUAGUUGGAUUGUUACUUGCAAUGAAGCAAAGUUUCGUUAGAAUUCAAAAUUUUGGGAACUUUUUUCUUUAUCCAUUUUAUUUUAAGUUAAUGCUCAAAUGUAUGUGUAUCUCUUGAUUGGGCAUUUUGGUGUAUUCUUCAAUGUUUUGGGUUUAUAGAACAAUGGGAUUUUUCGUAGUACAUUCCAUGAAUGAGAAUAGUUGUUUUUGUUCUUUUUUCA